AUGACGAAGGCGAUUUCGUACGGAUUUAUUUUACUUUCCACAAUCGUCGUGGGUUGCCUCUGCAACGAAACGGUGUCUAAUAAUAAUUACCGUUUACCAGCCACGAUACGCCCCGAACAUUAUCAUCUCAAAAUAAUAACAUUUUUGGAUAAUCCUAGAAAUUUAAUAUUUCAAGGUCAAGUUGAGAUAAGCUUUCACGUUUUAGAAGAUACCGAAAAUAUAACUUUGCAUGCCCACUAUCUGGCUAUCAAUGAAUCCAAUAUCGAAUUAAAAUCUAAGGGUGUCGACGAUUUUCAAAUGUGCUUAGAUGGUGUAGAGAGAGUUGAGGAAAAUGAUUUCUUCAUUUUGUUGUUGUGUCAAAGACUUCAAAAGGGAAAGGACUACGAAUUACAUUUGGACUUUGCUGGAAAUUUGAGUGAAACCCUUUUUGGUUAUUAUCGCAGUUCGUAUAAGGAUGUGAAAACAAAUAUUACAAAAUGGUUAUCGGUUACGAAAUUUGAACCUGUCUAUGCCAGAUCUGCAUUUCCCUGCCUAGAUGAACCAAUUUAUAAAGCAAAUUUCACAAUUUGGUUGGGUCAUCACAAAUCCCUGAAUGCUCUCAGCAAUAUGCCAUUGGAGAAGCAAAUGCCGUUGGAAAAUAUUCCAGAUUUCGUUUGGAGUAUAUUUGAGGAGUCACCACCCAUGUCCACAUAUUUGGUGGCAUAUAGUAUAAAUGAUUUCAUAUAUAAAGAAUCUGAAGCCUCAAAUGUUUUACUGCGGACUUGGACUAGACCCAACGGUCUUGAUCAAACGAAUUAUGCUGCUGAAAUGACAGCUAAGGUUUUGAGAUACUACGAAAGCUUGCUGGGACCAUUUCCCCUUAAAAAAUUAGAUCAAAUAGCCAUACCCGAUUUCUAUAAGGGCGGUAUGGAAAAUUGGGGGCUGAUAACCUAUCGCGAAACUGCUAUACUCCAUCAACCAAAUUCCACUGCUGGUUGGAAUAAAUAUGAUACCGCCCGACUUAUAUCCCAUGAAGUGGCUCAUCAAUGGUUUGGAGAUUUGGUCACAAUGAAAUGGUGGAAUGAUUUGUGGCUAAAUGAAGGAUUUGCCACAUACAUGGCCAUUUGGGGUGUACAACAUCUACAUCCCGAAUUUGAAGCUUACGAAAUGGAUUCGUUGCUAUUUUUAAUUUCGACCUUUGAAAGGGAUGGCAGACUGGAUAGCCACCCACUAUCGGCAGAAAUAUUAAAUAUCACUCAAAUUAGAAGUCAUUUCGAUAGCAUAUCCUAUAGGAAAGGAUCUUCAAUAUUAAGAAUGUUGCAUAUGCUGGUGGGCCAUGAGGCAUUCUUUGAGGCGGUGCGUAAUUAUUUGUCGAAAUAUCAAUUUCGAAAUGCAGAGCAAAACGAUUUGUGGCUGAAAUUCAAUGAAAUUGGUCAUAAAUAUAAACGCCUUGAAUCGCACUAUGACAUAAAAACCAUUAUGGAUACUUGGACUAAACAAACGGGAUUUCCAUUGAUAAAAAUAAAACGUAACAUGGAAACGGGCUGUGUGGAAAUGACACAGCAAAGAUACUUAGACAUCGUUACAACUCCCAUGGAGUCAGAUUCAAGAUGUUGGUGGGUUCCCCUGAGUUUUACUACCUCUUCGGAAAUGAAUUUUAAUGCUACGGAACCUAGAAUUUGGUUGGAAUGUGACGAAUCGGAUAAAACAAUUCCUCUCGAACUGUGUAAUGUAACCGGAAGCCAUGAGUGGAUAAUACUCAAUAUACAAUUGUCGGGAAUCUAUAGAGUAAUGUAUGACCCCAUUAGUUGGCAAUUGAUUGGCGAAGUUCUGAAGAGUCAAGAUUUCGAAAAGAUUCACAUCCUUAAUCGUGGUCAUAUCAUAAAUGAUGUUCUAUCGCUAGCAUGGAACGGUUAUCAACAUUACGACAUAGCAUUGGAUAUUAUGGAAUAUUUACACCAGGAACGUGAAUAUUUACCAUGGAGUUUGGUGAUUCGCAGUCUCACCGAUCUCAGUUCUAUUUUGGAACAAUUUCCACAUCACUAUGAGUUAUUUAGAAAAUUUCUGCGGUAUAUAAUUUCACCAAUUUACCAUUAUUUGGGCGGUAUGGAUAUCUCGAAUGACGUUAAUAUUACAAAACCUUUUCAAAAUCGUCUUAAAUAUCGUGCAACACAAUGGGCCUGCCGUGCCAAUUUGGACAAUUGUAUUCAAGCAGCCAUGUCAUAUUUCCAAAAAUGGAAAUUAUACCAAAACCCCGAUGAUGGCAGUGAAAUAAAUCUGAUGCCGCCACAUUUAAGGGAAACCAUAUACUGCACAUCCAUACGCCAUGGCUCAAAGGGAGAUUGGUUAUUUUUAUGGCAACGUUUUGUGCAAUCGCAAGAUUACGAUCUACUAGACGCUCUCGCAUGUUCCACCAAUGUCGAAAUAAUCAACAAUUAUCUGAAUUUAAUUUUCGAUCCCGACAAUCAAAUAUCCAAUCAUUCAGUUUUAAAUGCCUUUAAGGCAAUAGCGGAAAGUGAAAACCAUUCUCAAUUGGCACGAAAAUAUUUCAUUGACAAUUCGGAACGGCUAUGUCGUGAAUAUGAUGUUGGCGAAUUGGUUAGGUCAUUGGUGACGCGUAUUUUUACCCGAGAAGAGGAGAAACAAUUAACGGAUAGUGAUCCUAAAUCCAAGAUUUAG